GCUGCCCAGAACAUCAUCCCUGCGUCCACUGGCGCUGCCAAGGCUGUGGGCAAAGUCAUCCCAGAGCUGAACGGGAAGCUCACGGGCAUGGCCUUCCGCGUUCCUACCCCCAAUGUGUCCGUCGUGGAUCUGACAUGCCACCUGGAGAAAGCUGCCAAGUAUGAUGACAUCAAGAAGGUGGUGAAGCAGGCAUCCGAGGGCCCACUAAAGGGCAUCCUGGGCUACACUAAGGACCAGGUCGUCUCCUGUGACUUUAACAGUGACUCCCACUCUUCCACCUUCGAUGCUGGGGCUGGCAUUGCUCUCAAUGACGACUUUGUAAAGCUCAUUUCCUGGUACAACAAUGAAUUCGGUUACAGCAACAGAAUGGUGGACCUCAUGGUCUACAUGGCCUCCAAGGAGUAAGAA